AUGGACCACGCCAGAGAGAUAGAACUGAAGCUUUUGGAGCAGCUGAAACCCAUAAACGAGUUAACAGACCGUGGAAACUCGGCCGUGCAGCAGUUCUACUGCGGCGCCACCGUGUUCGUGACAGGCGGCUCCGGCUUCCUCGGCAAGCACCUCAUAGAGAAACUCUUCAGAUCAUGUGAAAUCAAGAAGAUAUACUUAUUACUUCGGCCGAAGCGAGGGAAAACUAUACAGGAAAGAAUGACUUAUAUAUUCAAAGAUCCGUUAUAUGACACUGUACGCAGCAAGAAACCAGACUUCGUCGACAGAAUAGUUCCGGUAGAAGGCGACGUAGCAGAGCUUGGACUUGGCAUCGAUGAAAAGGUGUACUCGGAAAUGACUGAAGAGGUGAACGUGAUAUUCCACAUGGCUGCAACGGUGAACUUCGAUGAGCCACUUCAAAAUGCAGGCAUCAUCAACGUGAGAGGAACAAGGGAGGUCAUAGAAUUGGGCAAGCGUUGUAAGAACCUCAAGCUCUUGAACCACGUGUCUACAGCAUUCGCUCAUGCAACAGCGAGUAGGAUUGAAACCGAUGUGGAAGAGAAGUUCUAUCCCAGCCCAGUAGCCCCGGACAUCUUUCUCAAUAUGAUCGAGAGUAUGGACGUGGACAGAAUUAAUGAUAUUACUCCGGCCCUAGUGAAGGACUGGCCAAACACCUACACGUUUACCAAGGCUAUUGCUGAGGAGCUGGUCAGAUCAUAUGGUGGAGACCUUCCCGUAUGUGUAGUCAAACCUCCCGUAGUAUGCAGUUCUUACUUAGAGCCGUCUCCGGGUUGGAUAGACAACCAGACUGUCAUGUCGAAUCCAGUAGGGUUCCUCCUAGGAAUAGGUCUAGGAGUAAUCCACGUUAUGCUAGUGGACAGAGAGAGAAACCUCUCAUACGCACCAAUAGACUACGUGAACAAUGCCAUCAUUGCAGCAGGGUGGGAUUCCGUACAGAACCGGCAAAUGUGGCGAGGAGAUGUGCCCAUAUAUACUGUCUCCACUUCGCAAUAUGGAUUCAGUUGGAAACAAAUGGGUGACAUCAUUCGUACUGAUGAGUUCCACCGCAUCUCAACUCCUCGUCUUCUCUGGUAUGCUUAUCUUCUGGAGACAAAUAAUCGUCUGCUGUACUGGAUCUUAACAUGGCUUCUGCAUUACCUGCCAGGAUACUUCCUGGAUACUAUUGUUGAUCUUCUAGGAGUCAGGCCUAAAGGGGCUCCGGAACUAGUCAAAGUAUACUCAAGAGCAUACAAGCUGACCAAAGUAUACAGAUACUUUUUAUCGAACGAAUGGAACUUUAGAGACGACAAUUUAAUGGCCAUGGUCAAGAGAAUGUCUCCAGAAGACAAGAUCAUAUAUAAUUGUAACAUGGAGACAGUAAAACUUAAAGAAUUUAUACAAGCCAUGUGUCUUGGACUGAGAAGGUUCAUAAUAAAGGAUGGAUUGAAAAAUACAACGUUAGGUUAUAGGAAACAAAAGAUGUUCUAUUACGCUAACAUUAUAUUCAUUGGUCUAUAUAUGUACUUGAUUUGGAAAGUUCUAUACUUUGUCUACUCUACAGUUGCUAUGAUGAUACCUUUGUAGAUUAAUUUUUAAUUAAAUAUUUCUUA